AUGUCCGGUACAUUUCAGACGCAAGUUAUGCUGUCUCGGCCAUAUCUGACGAGAAGCCAGAUCAAGAGAGCCCAACAGAACACUAUACCGGACCGUCGAGUGUAUAACCAAAAGAGACUCUCGGCGUUCAAGCUCUUAUGCGAUAUGUGCGUACAGUUGAAGUUUCCACGCAAGACGCUAGAAACCGCGAUGUAUUUUUAUCAGCGGUAUUAUUUGUUCAACAAAUUCGAGACAGAGCUGUGUUAUGAUGUUGCAACUAGCUGUCUGUUUUUGAGUUGCAAGCAAGUUGAAACGAUUAAGAAAAUAGCAGAUAUUGUGGUAGCUUCUCUAAGACUCCGCAACGUGCUGAAAGUGUCUCCUGAAAUGCAAGACAAUUGUAAGAAACGCAUAGUUCAAUUAGAACUUCGAAUCCUGGAAACUUGCUCGUUUGACUAUAGGGUCAACAAUUCCAUUCACAUUGACGGAAUAUUGGUGAAGAUCGCCAAAGACCUGUCACUGAGCCGCGAAGUUACCCAUUUAGCCUGGAUAAUCGCAUUUGACGCACUAAAGCUAGAAAUUCUGCUAAUGGUUCCUCAGCAUACAAUCGCGCUAGCGGUUCUCAAAAUUUCCUGUGAGCUCAUAGAAGGGGCAAGCUGGCCAAAUAUAAGGUACUCGCUUUUUGAGAGCGACGAGCCUUCUGUGAGCGAAGCCUACUUCGACAUACUGAACUUUUUUAUCAACGUUUUCGACCUUUCAGACUUGAGAGGCAACUUAACCGAAAAUCUACAAAAUAUUGGCAUAGAGACGUUUAUCGAGCUCAAAAAACACGCAGGACUGGAGAAAGGUUUGAAAGAACCGGACAAUAUAUCGUCAGAUGCUCUGCUCACUAACGAAAGAGACUUCACGAUACGAGAAAGAAGGUACGUGUUAUCAAGGAAACGGAUUAAUGACGAGAGGUCCAACAAGCAUAUCCAAAAGAAAGAGAAAACAUAA